AUGUUUGUGGUGGUGACCUUGGUGGAUACCAUUCGGAUACCCGCCAACAACUUGAAACUACCAACGAUGGUAGCCCUUCACAAUGAAAUCGACCUUAAAUAUCCCAAUCGAGUCUUGAUGGAUACCGGAUUGGUGAUUUCCCGGUACAAGGAUAUUCUCAAAAUCAGCAACGGUCUCUGCGUCCCUGGCGACGGUGGCUGCCAUCACGAAUGUUUAUUUCAAUUAAUUGUCUUUCGGCCAUUUGUGGAAGAAGUGUGUACUGGGACUAUUGUGAAGAGUACACCGGAAGGAAUCCAAGUUAGUUUGGGAUUCUUUCAAGAUAUUUUCAUUCCAGCCUAUUGGAUGUUGCGACCAAGCGAAUAUGACGAAAAGGCUGGACUAUGGGUAUGGACACCCGACUAUGGGGAAGAUGCCGAAGAUGCCGACGGCGAUGGUGAUAAUGAAGAAGAAAAGGGGGAUGAAAAGAUGAGCAAUGAUAAAGUCAAGGAGGAGGCGUCCAUCGAUACCACCAAACCCGCUGUGAAGCAAGAGGAUGACACUGCUGAUACGGCCAACACCGCAAAGAUAAAGUCUGAAGAUGACAUGAUGGAGACAGAGUCGAAUCAAGGCAACGACGACGAUGAGAAGGAAGAAGAAAGUGAAGAAGAGGGUGGUCGUUGGGAGAUGGACAUUGGAGCAGAAAUUCGAUUCAAGGUCAAGUCCAUUCAAUUCACACAAGUGACCAAUACUGCCAAAGGAAUGCAAGCAACUACUACAACGACGGAUCAUUCCAUCAAUAUUCCAGUAUCCGAACAAGAGGAUCCAUCCCAAGUUAGUAGACCACAGGCACUGCGGAAACGAAGUACUUCUAUGGAUUUGAGUGAAUGUCAAGACAUACCUGCGGCCAUGCAAAUUGUCGCUUCCAUUUGUGAAGAUGGUCUUGGACUUAUUAGCUGGUGGACUUCGGGUGGAGACGGCGAAGAAGACGACGAAGGUGACGAAGAGGAGGAGGAGGAGCAAGAAGAGGAAGAAGCUAAUGAUGAGGGCGAAUAA